GCGAGUGAAAGAGAGGGAGAGAGAGAGCUGCGGGUUGCUGAACGCUCCGUGUCGGAUGUCCGGUGAGUGGAGCGAGCGAGCCGUGUUUACAUGCACAUGCGGCGGUAGCGUGACGCGUAGCGGCCCGCAGCAGAUGACAACCACCCCCACUACCCCCGUCCCUCCUAUCUAUCCUCGCAAAGUAGCUCGCCUCCUUUCCUCACCAGGGGUCGUUUUUUUUUUUUUAAUCCAUAGGGGAAUAAACUGCACGGAGGGCAACAUGCGGGAUGCUACGAAAAGAUGGGCCAUUGACGCUUUAGCACCCCCUUGUGGUGUGGAGGAAUGAAGAAGGCGUCUGGAUGAAGGCCAUGGAGCUGAAAGUGUGGGUGGACGGCGUGCAGCGCAUCGUCUGCGGCGUUACCGAGUUCACCACCUGUCAGGAAGUGGUCAUCGCGCUCGCUCAAGCCAUCGGCCGUACUGGCAGGUACACUUUGAUUGAGAAAUGGAGGGACACGGAGCGCCACCUGGCUCCCCACGAGAACCCCGUAGUUUCUCUCAACAAAUGGGGCCAGUACGCCAGCGACGUGCAGCUCGUCCUCCACCGGACCGGCCCAUCCGGCGGCGAGCGGCCGCCCUCGGACGGGCUGGCCCGCGGCUCCGAGCGCAGCUUCCACCGCCAGAGCCUGCCUCCCAUGUCCAAGCUGCACCCGUCGACGGCUAAUCGCUCGCUCAGGCGCAGGGAGCCCAAACGCAAGUCCGUGACGUUCAGCGGAGGGACCAGAGGUCUGCGGGAGAUAUUUGGAAAAAGCCGAGAUCCGGAAGCCAAGCACUCCCAGGGGCGCGGCGUGAGUCUGAAUCUAAGGCAGGUCAGCGGCGGCGGGACAGGCGGGGGCCCCUCGGUGCCGGGGAGUCCGUCGCGGGAGCUGGGCCGGCUGGUGCGGUUGCAGAGAGACAAACUGCAGGUCCUGGAAAGCCGCCUGCUGGGCUGCGAGGCCGAGCUGCGGGAAUGGGAGGAAGCUAGCGAGGAAGGAAGUCUGGAAGAGGAGCUGCUGCUUUUGGAGCAGCAGGUGAGGAGGAACGACUCCGAGAUGGACGAGGAGGAAUUUUGGCAGAACGAGCUGCGCAUCGAGCAGGAGAGCGAGCGGCAACUCCGGCAACAGCUGGCCGAGCUGCAGGCCCGAGUCCGCGACUGCGAGGCCAAGCUUUCGGAAUACUUAACGCGCAUUCAGAGCAUGGAGAGCAGCCUCGAGCACGAGCGUCAACUGCAGGAUGACGAACUGAGUCACAUGAUCAAGGAGGAGGAGGUCUUUCCUUCUCUUCGCUCGCUUUCAGGUGGAGGCCCAAUUGGAGAAGGUGACAACCGAGUUGGAUGUGCAGAGCCAGCACGCGGCUCGCCUGGAGAGCGGCUGCAGGGCCUUGGAACGCUCGCUCGGCCAGUCAUGCAAGAGACUCCAGGAGAAGGAGCAGGAGCUGGAGCAGCUGACCAAAGAGCUUCGCCAGGUCAACCUGCAGCAGUUCAUUCAGCAGACGGGCACCAAGGUCACCGUGCUGCCAGCUCAGCAACCCCCAAUGGACGACGACGACGAGGACCCGUGCGGCGCUUUGCAACGUCACUUACCCACCAACCUGCGCUCCCUUCAGAGUAUCACCACAUCCGGACUCAACCCGGAAGGCAUCUACGUUUGAAAACCGGUAACACAUAGACGUGAUUCUGACGGUAGGAUUCGGCCGAUGACACUCGAGUGGGACUCUCCUCCAUCUUUUCUGGGCUCCCUUUAGGACAUAAAGUGAUGUCAGUGCAUUUGCAACUUUUCAUAUCUUAUCCGUUCCAACUAAAUAUAUAUAAAAAAAAAAUAAGACACUCAAGUAAGGCCAGCAGAUAUAUUUUUGUUGACAACAGGAAUGGUUUUCUAUCGGAAUGCUAAUAAAAAUAUGAGGAGCAGAGAAUCUUACCAGGAUGUCAACAAAAACGCAUAUACAGUACGCACGCGCAUGCACAACCCUCGUCAUAGAUUUGAUUGCCUUAUCGUGAUGUGUGGAAAGCACGCAUCAAGUGAAACUCAAGGUAGCUCGAGCCACAAGCUUUUUGGACCGUAUAGUUUUUUUUUCGCACCAAUUCAGGGGAAUUCUUAGCCGUCAAGUUUUAUUUUGUAUUGAUUUGAAGUUUGAAGAACAAUGGAGGGAACCGGGGGAAGAAAAAAAAAAAGAUUGGUUCUGUUGUACAUCGCCGAUUUCGCUUCACUCCAGUAGCAAAGCCCGAGAGCCAUUAAUCUCUUGCUUCCUCCCACCCCUCCACCCCCGCCCCAGUCUUAACAGAGCUCAGAAACGAGAGUGAUGGAUGACUGAAGGCAUUUCUCGCCUGCAGGCGUGAACUUCCCAAAUUAGCCACUAGGUGGUAGCAAAGGCAAGACUAUGCGGACUAAAGUUUUUUUUUUUUUCUGAACGCUCACUUUUAAAAACUUAGGCAUUAAAGUGCAUCCUAAUGUGUCUCUUCUAAUGACUAAAGCAGGGACUCUGUAGUGUUUUUUUAAUCGUAACAAAAGAUGUCGACUAUGAACCAAAGCUAGACAAAAAACAUGAAAUAAAAGGUUAGAUGAAUGUAUUUUUUUAUACACCUUGGACAGCAUCCACAAAUAAAUCCAGUAUUGUAUAGUUGUCAAAAGUCGUGACUGGCUGGGACACUUUAAGUUACUAAUAAGCGAAUAACGGCAUGCCUUACCGGAAGGAAAGUGUUAAUAACAUUUCAGCUGCACCACUUGAAAGAGUGCAUUGAAUAGACCCCGUUAUAGGUAAAAAACAAAAAAAACAGUUUGCUUUGGAAGAUGUUAAAAAAAAAAUGAAGCCACGGCGAA